AUGCCCGACGAUUGGCGCCUCUCGCGUGCAAGUCCCACUCCGCCUCCCCUCCGCAACCCCUCCCAGGCGGGCGAAGGGCAGGCUGGCGGCACGCUGACCAAGCGGCCCGGCACCUCGGGUGGUGGCGGGGCCGCCAAGGGCCCCGCAAGCGGCUCUGUCAUGGCGCGCAAGGCGGCGGCCAGGCGGCCGACGGCUCGCUCGGGCGGCGGCGGCAAUGGGGCGGGCAUCCUGCGCUUCUACACUGAUGACGCGCCGGGCCUGAAAAUCGGGCCGACCACCGUGCUCGUGCUGAGCCUGCUGUUCAUCGCGUUCGUCGUGCUGCUGCACAUCUGGGGUAAGUUCCGCAAGGGCUAG